ACUACUGAGGACAGCAUUGAGAAGUUUGAUUCCGAUAAAAUAUGUCUUAUUUCAUAUUGCCAGGUGAGUGUCUUUAAAAGGGAAUAGCGAGAGAAACCAGUUAUAUUUGAUCAGGGAAUCAAACUAUUUAAAUGUAGAGAUUGUUGCCUCAUGCACACCUCCAAGUCUACGGCUCUGUGUGUGCCAGGAGAGAUUUUUGCAGUGCAUGCUCACGUGUAUUUCAAAUGUUUAGAAGCACGCCAGAACCGAGAGGCUGGUAUGCCCUCUUCUCCAUCUUUCCUCCUUCCUUUCUUUCCUUUUUUUUUUUCUUCUUUCCUUCUUUCUUUUUCUCUCUCUGAUUUCUCCUUUCCUUUCCUUUCCUUUCCUUUCCUUUCCUUUCCUUUCCUUUCCUUUCCUUUCCUUUCCUUUCCUUUCCUUUCCUUUCCUUUCCUUUCCUUUCCUUUCCUUUCCUUUCCUUUCCUUUCCUUUCCUUUCCUUUCCUUUCCUUUCCCCCUCCUUUUCCCUUCCCUUUUUCCCUCCCUUUUUCCCUCCCUUUUUCUCUCCCUUUCCCCAUCACGAUGCUGUUCUCCGUUACCCAUUCAGCUCCAAACCGGAGUCACACCUGCCCGUCCAAGUGCCGCCGGCCCAGCGGCUGUACCCGCGGGCGACACGCAGGAUUAGAGCUGUACCGGAGGUCACGGCCCUGCCCUACCGCCGCCUUCCCGGGGAUUCGCUGUGCGGUGCGAAGGGAUGACUCUCCGUUACCGUGCCCCGUGCCCGCCCGUCCCGGGCCGCGCUGCGCUCCCGAGGGGGCGGCGGGCCCGGCAGAGGGCGCCCUGUGCCCGGACCCCGGGAGCGGCGCUGGGGGGCGGGCUGGGCCGUGCCCCGGAGCCCCCGCCGAGGCCGGGAAGUGGCCACCCCCGCCCCGCCGCCCCUCUGCCGCCGGCUCGACGUGUCCCGCUGCCCCCGCUCCGGCGCGGCCCGGGAGGCAAAGGGGCUCCGUGGGGAGACCCGGGGCGGGGAGGACACGGGUGGACCCCGGGGUGAGCCCUCCUGCAGCCCCGCAGCCCGCCGAACCGGGGCCUUGCGCAAAGUCGUUGCUGCCCCAAAACAGAGUCCGGCGAGGUCCGGGCUGGUGGAGAGCGGCGGACGGUGCCGCUGGUUCCGAGGCCCGGUAGCCCAGCUCAGCGCGGCUCGGCCCGCUGCCCGCCGGCACCCGCGGCUUUUGUUACCGCCGGUGCGGGGCGGGGGGUGGAGGGGGAGGCGGCGCGGCGAGGCGAGGGGAGGUUUUGUGGCAGGAGCGGCGCGGUCCGUGCCAUUCGCCUCCCGCCGCUCCCGUGGUGCUUCAGCCGAGCCGGGAUCCCUUUGUGCUAAUAGCCCCGUCCUCAUUUGCUGCCUAAUUGGACUAUAUAAAGCCAAUAACGGGCGGGCGCUCGUAGCCUCCAGCCACAGCAGCACGUCGCAGGGGGGGCCGGGGCCGCGGCGGCUGCGGGCAGGGGCUGCACGGAGCCUUCUCCUCCCGGCUGCCUCCCCGCCUAAUCCCAUUUGCCAUUGUGCGUGCCCAAUCGCCGUGUGCUCCCCGCGUUUAACUUGGAUGACAUUUUGAUUUCAUCAUUAGCAUCCGGCGCCAGGUUGACGCAGCAGCAGCGGCGGCGGGAGGCGGCGGCGGCAGCGACGACCCCGGCUCUCCGCCUGCCCGCAGCAGCCCCCUGGUGCCGCGGGCUGCGUGGGUCCCCUCGGCCUCCCGCCCUGCCGCCCCCUCAUGCGAGGGGCCCCCGGCCGGCCCCGCCGCCGCGCUCCCACGCCGCCCCGCCGCGCCUCUCUCCCGCGCCGCCGGGAGCCGCCACCUGCCCGCCGGGCGCGGGCUGCGGGGCCAGCGGCGGACAGGAGCCGGGCGGGCACCGGAGGAUGCCGGAGACCGGGCAGGAGCCGCCCAGCGCCCCGCCGCCGACUCCCAAGGAGUCCUUCUACAUCAAGAACCUCCUCAACGGCGACCCCCCCAAGGCGUCCCCCAAGCAGCCGCGGGCUCUGUUCGCCCCCUCGGGCAAGGCGGCGGUGGAUGGCGCCGGCUUCGCCCUCUCGCAGGUGGGCGAUCUCGCCUUUCCCCGCUUCGAGAUCCCGGCGCCGCGCUUCGCCCUGAGCGCCCACUGCCUGGAGCGCGCCCAGACCUGGUGGUACCCCUACGCCCUGACCCCGGCCGGAGCCCACCUGCCCCGCACCGAAGCAGCCGAGAAAUCCCUGCUGAGGGAUUCAUCCCCCGCCUCGGGCACCGACCGGGACUCCCCGGAGCCGCUGCUGAAGGCGGAGGUGGAGCAGAAGGAGCUGGACUCCAAGAGCCCCGACGAGAUCGUCCUGGAGGAAAGCGACUCGGAGGAGGCGAAGAAGGAAGGCGGCUCAGAGGACUGGAAGAAGCGGGAGGAGAGCCCGGAGAAGAAGCCCUGCCGCAAGAAGAAGACGCGCACGGUCUUCAGCCGCAGCCAGGUCUUCCAGCUGGAAUCCACCUUCGACAUGAAGCGCUACCUGAGCAGCUCGGAACGGGCCGGCCUGGCCGCUUCCCUCCACCUGACAGAGACCCAGGUGAAGAUUUGGUUCCAAAACCGUCGCAACAAGUGGAAGAGGCAGCUGGCGGCCGAGCUGGAGGCGGCCAACCUCAGCCACGCCGCCGCGCAGCGCAUCGUCCGCGUCCCCAUCCUCUACCACGAGAACUCGGGCGCGGAAGGGGGCGCGGGGGGCGGCGGAGCCCCCGGUACCCAACCCCUGCUCACCUUCCCUCACCCCGUCUACUAUUCCCACCCCGUGGUGACCUCCGUGCCGCUCCUGCGGCCCGUCUGAGCCCGUCCGCCGCUGAGCGGAGGGGCGCGGAGAGGCGCGCAAGUCACCGGCCCGCUUGUAAGUACUGCAGCCACUCGUGCGGUUUCACCCGGAGUGGGGUGGGCGAGGGGUGUGGGGUGGGGGAUCCUCUCAGCGGGUGGUGCUAGGAGGAAAGUCACGAAAAAUUUAGGGGGAAAAAUAAAAAGACAGAACAAAAUGGGGGGAGGGAAAGAAAAAUAAGGAAAAUGAAAGCGGGAACUUGUAGAGAACCCUGGAGCUGUCACACCUUUUGUAAACGUGGACGAAAACCGCGGUGGUCUCUGUGGCUUUAGUUUUAUUUUUGUAAAAAAAAAAAAAAAAAAAAAGAAAAAAUAAUUAAAAAAAAAAGAGAUAUAAUAAUUAAAAGGAAAAAAAAAAAAAGCUCCCAGGCCACUCCUCGAGAUUUGCCAAAUGCUAACGGGAAGCUGAAUUUCUGUUGCUUUCGGACAUCUCCUGCCUCCAAAUUGUUCAGGCUCCUGAUCCUGUCGUGACUCAAACUUCAUCGACUGCGGCUUUUCAUUUGAGCAGAGCUCGGUGCCGAUUUGCCUCUUUGCUUUCCCACAUUUUCUACCUUUGGGUUUCUGUCAUGGGACUUCAUAACGAGCAAGAAAUACAGCCUGAAAGUGAACGGUUAAACACACCCGCACUCUUUGAGUGACCUUAUUUAUUAUCGUUUACUUAGCUAUUUUAAAUUCUUGUUUAUAAUUCUCGUUUUCCUAGUUGUCGGGUUGAUUUUUUUUUUUCCUUGUAAAGUUAUUUCGGCGUUUUUGGGAAAAAGAAAUCUGUGCCCUUUUGCUUUCUUUUGUAAUACUAUUAUUAUUAUUCUUGUACUUUUGAACUGUGCAAUAUUAUAUGACGAUUCUUAAAGCACUGCUUUUAUUUGAAUGGUGAGGAAAGGGUUUUUUAGCAUUGUAUAAUUGCCUUCGUUCAUGUUGUACAAAUAAAAAAAUAUUAAAAGUGAAGGAAAGUGAGAAGAGAGGAGCAGGGCACGGGAAUAAGCAUCAGCCUGGCUUAUGCGAAUAAAUAAGGGAGAUGCGGUGAGCUGGGCGCUUUAAGUGAAGGACAAUCAACUUUAGGGUGAUUUUAAUUUAUUUGGUAUGAUGUACAGUUUUCUUCUAAAGUCCAUGGAGUAUGUGGAUUUUAACAGGCAGAAAUCAAGUGAGGAGUGGACACCUCUAGUCUCCCUCUGUCUUAGUGUCUACUCACCUGUUGUCUGACAAUUGUUUGCUGUCUUCCUAAGGGUUUGUGUUGGUUUCUUUUCUUCAUUUUAUUUUAGAAUCUUUUUCCCCCUUUCGGUUGUAGUCUCUGCCCUCUCGUUUUCUUUAGGGAUCGGUCCUAUUUUUAAAACAGCCUAUAUUGUUAUAAACUUAAUGUUGUGGUGGAAAAAACAAACAAGAAAAAUCAAUAAAACCCGUUCCUUAUCA